AUGGUCACCGACAAUGGCACGCCUUUUGUUAACAAGCAAGUGAGUUCAACCCUUAGUGGGUACGGUAUCAAGCAUCGGCGCUCUACACCUUAUUACCCGCAAGGAAACGGACAAGCAGAAGCUACCAAUAAAACGAUACUGAGGAUUUUGAGCAAGAUGGUAUAUGAGUACCAAGGGAGUUGGAGCAUUCACUUGCCGGAUGCUUUGUGGGCUUACCGCACCUCACCAAGGAGUGCUACAGGUUUUUCACCUUACUCACUUGUGUACGGGUCUGAGGCUAUUUCACCUAUGGAAAUCACCAUUCCAAUGGCCAAAAUAGCGGCUGUCAAUGAUCUUGAAUGGGAUGCGAAAACAUGCUCAGAUUGGCGUUUGCUAGACCUCGAAGCGGUUGAUGAGAGAAGGAUGGAAGCAGAAAGAAGGAUGGCACUCUACCACAAGACUGUGGCCCAAGCAUAUAAUAGGACCGUUAAUCCUCAAGCCUUCAAGCAAGGAGAUCUCGUGCUAAAAGUCGUUGAGCAUGUGAGAAGGCAAGUGUCGGGACCUUCCAAGUUUGCCCCACAAUGGGAGGGUCCAUUCGCAGUCAAGGAGGUUCACAGCAGCGGUUAUUAUCGCUUGAUCUAUGUCAAAGAGGGCAUGCUAACGGAUCCCAUCAAUGGAAAAUGGCUCAAGCCCUACUACUGCUAA